AUGUUCCUCACGACACCUAGCCUCUGGGCUCUCGCUCUUUCCUCGACGGUACUGGCUGCCCCAACAGCCCGAGGUACCAAAGCCACCGGCUGCGCCGCUGUCCGUAAAGCCUACAACCUGGCAAAAAAGGACGGUGUACCAACGGUCAAGCCUUCUGUGGCACUUGCUUGCCUCGAAUCGGUACCCAUUGAUGUCGAGAAAGACGUUGCCCUCAUCGAUUAUCUGCUUCCGUAUGCCCAGUUCCAGAGUACUCUUGGAUAUCUCAAGGCUCCACCAAAGGAGUACCUGCUACCAGGAGUUGACGUUAUCGGAGGCCUGAUUCAAAUCCGGGAGAAGCUACGAGACGGUGGCUACUCCAACCAGUUCGACUUCACGAAAGAUCUCAGCAGAGUUUAUCAAGCAGCCCAUGAUGGCCAUUUUGGCUAUUCACCAGCCCUUCUCAGUGUAUUCGCCCUUAGGAGGACGUUCCAGCUUGUCUCUAUUUCGGAAGAUGGUACAACCUUGCCAAAAGUCUACAUCGACGACGACAUACUGUUCCAGUCCAACUCCUCCACGAUCUCCCCCGUGGAGUCUAUUGAUGACAUUCCGAUCGACAACUUGCUUACCCAGGAGGCGCAUAUGCAAGGCCUUCAAGAUCCAGAUGCACAAUACAACGCGAUCUUUUUUUCUCCUGCCAUUCAGACUAAGUAUCAAGAUCACUUCGUGGCCGGCAGUUAUGUUCUCGAUUUUCCCGACUCACACAAUGUCCGAUUCUCCAAUGGGUCUUCCAAAGAAAUUCCGAACAUGGCCCUGAUUAUGACGGAUUUUUCCAACAUCGAUUCCGGAGAGAAGCUUCAUGAACAGGUUGAGGUGCCAAAAACCAACGCAACUCUACCUAUGGAAAAGAGAGCCGAUGUCUCUGAGAUACUCACGAUUGAGCCCCUUCGCCGUUAUCCAUCCAAUCCGGUGGCAAUUCACAAAUAUCGCUAUAUCUCUGGGUACCUCCUCGAAGAUGAUAAGGACACGUGUGUUCUGGCUGCGUUCACAUUCCAACCUGCCGAAAACAAACUUCCGGGGUAUAGCAUGACUGAAGAUCUCACCGAGGCACGUCGUAUCAUCCACGAGACGUUAUCGUCUUGCAAAGCCGACGGGCGUACGCGCCUGAUCGUGGACAUGAGCGCCAAUGAUGGUGGCUAUAUUGACCUCGGCUAUGAGCUCUACCGCAACCUAUUUCCCAAAGCCAAGAUGUGGACAGGAAGUCGUAUUCGAGCGCACCCGGCGGCUGAUCUUCUGGGCAGUCUUCUCUACGACACAGCAGCCCAGGAAAUAGCAACUGCUGGCUUGCUUCAACUGGAUCCCACUACUGGCGCACCAUACAAAACUUGGGGAGACCUGUACGGUCCCGUCAGCGUGACUGGCGACGAGAUGGAAUCGAACAUGCUAGCUGCAAAUAAGAGUGGUCCGGUAGACGGAAAAGAGUUCUACGUAACCGGUUUCGCCCCCAACGAAGUCCUGCCCGAGCAGCCCUUCAAGACCGAAAACAUUGUCGUCCUCACCAACGGCAUUUGUAUCAGCACAUGCACCAUCUUCACCGGGCUGAUGCAACGCGAGCAAGGAGUCCGUACCAUUGCCGUCGGCGGCAGACCUCUUCAUACACCCAUGCAAGCCGUGGGAGGCAGCAAAGGUUCGCAAGUGGCCAUGCCCGCUAACAUUCGGCAGUGGUUCGGCUACAUCCUUAACGCCGACAGAGGCAACGUGACCAUCAAGUCCAAGGAGCUCGCCGCUUUGCUCCCAUCGCCCGACCUGCCUCCCCUUGAGCCCAUCACGCUCGCCGGCUCCGGCGUCAACUACCGCAACGCUUACGCCGACGGCGCGGACUCUACCGAGGACAAAGAAGAUGACUACCCGACGCAGUUCCUCUACGAAGCCGCCAACUGCCGCCUCUUCUACAAGGCCGAGCACAUGCGAUCUAUGGCGCCCCUAUGGCGCGACGUAGCCGCCGCCGCCUGGAAGAACGCCUCUUGCGUGCCUGAGUCGACGGUCAAGAGAGACGGCGACAAGUGGAUUAUCUCCGACGAGGUGCCGCAGUUCACGGGCCGGGUGCGGUCGAGGGUCUACAUCUACGACGGCCCCGGGUCGUUGACCAGUGGUGUUUGGCAGGCGUAUGGAAAGGUUAACACGACGGGUUUGGGAGACAAUUACACGCUUAGCGAGGAUGACUACGUGGUGCCAGAGGGGUUUAAGGAGAUGUGGGCUGAACUUGCGGAUGAAGAGAAUAAAAAGACGAAUACGGAGAAGGAGCAGGAAAACAAGGAGGAGGAGGAGAAGAAGGAGCAGGAGAAGAGUGCUGCGGUGGGGAGACUGGGGCCGGGGACGGUGCAGGUGCUGACAACGAGUGUGUUGGUUGUUGUUGGGAUGUUGGCGAUGAUCUGA